UACAUCCAUCUGGCCUUCUAAUCUCAGCCCUCACAGACAGAAUGCAGCAACUACAGAAAAACCACAACCUCCUUUUCCCCCACAGGUAGAGAAGGGACAGACUUUCAGGUCUGAGCACGUCUAGCCAUGCUGGGAAAGAACCACAAACUGGCCGAAAUGAUCUUUUUGGAACAGAAUGCUGUGGAGGAGGCCAUGGGCAUGUACCAGGAGCUACACCAUUGGGAUGAGUGUGUCGUUGUGGCUGAAGCCAAGGUACCCGUUUUGUCUUCUCCACAGUUGUUCAGAAUUUGGUUCUGCCAGUUUCAAAAAACCUUCUUUUGUCAAGGCCAUAGAAACCAGAACAGGGUUGGGGCUUGGACUUGGUAUGGUGCGGAGUUAGGAUACUGCUGACCCAGGAGGGUUUCCCUUGUUAUAGAGGGAUUAGAGAAGCAUGAGAGGCACAAGGGUAGGAAGGGAUGUGACUCCUAGUUCUCCUCUGUGCGUAU